AUGACUUCAUUUGGAGCCCUCUUAGUUACAGUAUUCUAUAUGAAUAAUCUUUAAGUUUGCUAUGAAUUAUUAGAUGAUAGCUAUAGGACUUUUCUUCUUAGGUUUUGGAGGUAAUCCAACAAUUACUGUACAUUAUUCAUUUAUUAAUGAACAUUCCUGUAAUUUAUAUAUAUUAUAUAGAGGGUAAUUUUAGAGAAGUCUAAAAUGUUGGUGUCUAAGUGUUUUUUGCAAUUGGUGAAUUCGCUAUUAUAGCAUUAGCAUAUUUUAUUACUUAUUGGAGAUGGUUAGCAGUUUCAGUUGCAAUACCAUCUGUUUUAUUAAAUAUUGGUAACCUUUUGAUAUUUGAAUCUCCUUAAUUUUUAUAUACAAAAAAUAAGAAAAAAUGUGUAAAGAUUCUAAAUUAAAUUGCAAAAUUAAAUGGAACUUAAUAAAUAAAAAUAGAUGAUUUGGCAAAUAAUCCAUAAACUAAAGAGAACAAUUCCAGGGUAUAUUCUAUUUUGGAUUUAUUGAAAUAUAAAUCCUUAAGGUAUGUAUUUUUUGCAGGAGUAAUGAUGUUUUUUGCAAUAAAGGUGACAUAUUAUGGAAUUAGUUUUGUAAGUGAUUAGUUAGGUCUUAAUUUCUUCACUACUAAUUUCAUUAUUGCUUUCUUUGAACUCUUAGCUUUUGCUACUUUAGGUAAUAUAUAUACAUAUUUUUAGAUUUUUUUAUUACAAAAUUGAAAAGAAAAACUAAUAUUAUAAGUGGGUUCUUUAUAGUAGGAUUUAUGAGCUUAUAUUUCCUUUUCUAAAGUGAUCACAUAGUAUUUCGAAUCUUCGAAGGCAUUUUGGCAGGAGUAUAUUUAAUAUAUAAUUAUAAUAGUUAAUGAGAUUUCUAAUAUGUGCAGUUUGGGCUUUGGGUUAUAUUUAUGUGUCUGAACUAUUUCCUUCUGUUGUUAGAUCUUUAGCCUUAUGUUUAAUAUCAGCAGGCGGAUCUUUUGGCAGUAUAGCUUAAGCAUUUUUAAGUAAUUUAUGCUCAUCUCUUAAUGUUCAUCCUAUGGUUGCUUUUGGGAUCAUUUGUGUUUUAUGUGCUUUACUAUUGUUUCCAUUAAGAGAAACUUUACAUUAACCUUUGAGAGAAAAAAUCGAAGAAGACUAAACUCGUAUUAGAUCAAGUAUGCUUUAUAUAAACGAUUCAGAACAAAUUACAUCACCCUUACAUGAUACAUGA